GUUGUUUCGGUAUUUUUUGUUAAAUUAACUAUGGCCACCUUUGGGGAAUUGGACUUGCAGCAACAUUAAAGUGAAAGUAUGUUUAUAUCAAAACAUAAACAUAAUGAACAUUGACUCAAAGUUAAAGGACUAUGGAAAAAAUGGGAAGCAUGGGGAAAGAGCCAGCGAUGUAAGAGAAUCGGAUACAGAGGCGGAGGAAUCGAACGGGUCGUGCAAUGAUUGGAUUCAAUUAUCACAAUGGAUGCAUUGUUUUUGUGUUGUCACAUUCGACCUAAACUUGGGCCAAGCGCUGGAGUAUGUGUAUCCGCCAGAGUUUAUGCCCUCCGAUCAGGAAGUGAGCAACAUCUGCUAUAUGGCCUUUCCCGACUCCAAUUCAGGUUGCAUGGGCGACACCAAGUUCCAUAUGCGUUUGAGAGCUCUUCCGAAUGUAAAGCAAAAUAUGUCACCAUCUUUGCUUAUGUACAAUGAGGACUGCGCUCCAGCAAUGCGUUGCGACAGCUCACAUUAUUGGGGAUUCGUGUACUUUCGCCAGAAACGUGACCCCAACUUGCCACGCGGCUAUUUUCAGAAGAGCUUCAUCAUUAUAACGCGUCUUCCAUUCUUCAAUCUCUAUUACGACGUGCUUGCCCAGCUGGCCCCAAGAUUUUUUGAGGAAGGCACCGAUGUGUUAAAACGAGCUUGUGACCAAAUAAACGCCCAGUGGCCCACGCUACGUGUGGGGGUGCCGCUCAAUCUGCCAUUGCUGGAGUCAAGUUAUCAGAUAUCAAUACCGAAAGCCAGCAGUCGGAAGUCGAGCGCGUUGACGGAGUCCAGUGCCAACGAAGCGCCAUACGCUGCUCCCUGCAAUGCUGAAACUCCUGCCAAAAUAAUCUCUGCAAAUGAAAUCGAACUGUUCCGCAGUCUCGGCUUUGUCGUUGAGAAUCUGUACACAUUGUGGGAGCUCGUAAUCACUGCCGAGCCAAUUGUUGUCGUUGGCACCUCUCCCGCCGACUGCUCGCACAUGGUGCAGACUCUCAUUGCGCUAAUCGCGCCUUUGGAAUACUGCGCCGAGGCGCGUCCCUAUUUCACUAUACAUGACAGCGAAUUCAAAGAAUUUACACAAGAAUGCUCCAAUAGACCCAUACCAUCUGUUAUACUCGGCGUCACGAAUCCUUUUUUUGUGAAACUACUAAAGGACUGGCCGCAUAUGCUGCGCUUGGUGGAUAAUCAGAAAAAUAUGCAGCAACACCAGUUUUUCCAUAAGAACUCACGGAAUUCGAGCUCAGCUACUUCCUUCUCCAGCUCAAGUGGUACCAGCAACAGAGCCCUGAAAGCUAAUCAAGGUCCGCUUAGUCACAAUAUUUUGAAUGGCGGCAUGGCAGCUGCGGACAGCAACACUUUUGGUCUGCAUACAAAAUACAAGCCGUUUUUAAAAAAGGAUAAAUCGCUCAUCAAGAAGGUUAUGUUGGGCAUGAAAACGAAAAGACCCGAGCAUGUUCAAACUGCGCUCAUCAGACGGCACCUGUUGGAGUUGACACAAAGCUUUAUGAUACCAUUAGAGCGGUAUAUGGGCUCACUUAUGCCGCUAAAAAAGGAUAUAAGUCCGUUUAAAUCGGCGCCAAACGCAAGCUCUUUUAAACUAGAUGAUUUCCUAAACACAUUGGAACUAUCUGGACCGCAGCUAACAUCACCAGUGAAGGGUGAUUGGAAGGGCCUGUAUAAACGAUUUUUCACAUCACCCAACUUUCGUGGCUGGUACGAACCAAGACAUCGGGAUCUACAGCUAACACUUCAGGACCUGCAGCUACAAGCUCUGUCGAAGGCGAACCUCGAACACUGGGCCCAAGACAAACAAGAGGUUGAAAUAAUUGAUAUGAUACUCAAACUAAAACAAAAACUGAAUCUCUACAGUGAUAAAUCACAAAUUGAAGGCUUAUCCUGGGGCAGCAGCAAUUGUACACAAGAACAGAUAAAGGAGAAAAUCGAAUGCAUGAAGAGUCUUCUGCCAAUUGAUCUGAAGAAUGUGGUGAACCUUUGAUAGCUUCUGCCUCUGCGUAGCCAAAUUUUAAGCGUCCCUCAUUUUUCAAAUUUAGAUUUUCAAUAUAUCAAUCUGUGUAUGAUAUACAUGUGUUUGUACAUUUAUUCCCUUCCAGAAGAAACCCAAGUCAAAUCUUAAUUAUAAAAUAUUGUAAAAUAAACGUUUGUGUAAUAAUGAAAA